ACUGUGGGAGUCCGAGAGCCUUAUAAGCAUAGGGCCCUUGGAUCGAAUUGCUCACUCCUCUUUUCAUCCACUCUUUUGUACAGCACGCGCCAUAAUGAUCAGCAAGGACUCAUUUAACAGCGCCUCCACCCACGUAGAGUUGUCAUGCAUCCCCGAUGAUGCUACUGGCAUUGAGCGCAUCAUGCUUGCAGCUCAAGGUGACCUGCAGCGACUGAUGAGCUCAUUUUUUGCUCGGCCCAUAUUUAUUGAGCGCGUCUAUGCCAAUGGCUCGCCAAGACUGAAACCAGCCUCGCCCGAACAUCCCAUAACGCAAUCGCGGCAGGUGCAUCUCGUGUGUGCUUCGAAAAUUGUAUGCACUGCUACAUCGAAUGUCACCAUCACACAUCCCGACUUCGAACGUCUAUUUCUAGACGAGAAAUACCCCAUUGGCCAAACAUUCCGCAAAAAGCUUCGUAACCCACAAUUUACACUCCUUGAUGUCCAGACGUCGGUCAUUGGUGGCAAGCGAGAACUCCGCAGAACGUAUACGCUUGAGACGGAAGGUUUUCUCUGUGAGAUCCUGGAAGUGUUCCCUGACAGGGACAUGUUCGCUCGCGGAGAGGCAUGGCUCACUGAGAGCAAGCUCGAACUAGAAAACAGCCGCACUGUAGCUGUAGAGAGUCAGGAUACAGAGCCCCGGUGGCUUCCUGUCGGCAAGGGGGCCAACAUUUUCCACUGGGGGUUCGCUGGUACAUAUGGCCUAGAGCCUUCACCGUUGGUAUAUUAUCACGAUAUUUGUGCCUGCUCUACGCAUUUCAUAACAUAACAUAACAUAACAUAUUUAUUUACAAGACUAGGUUUGAUGCAUGAUGUACU